AUGACGGCGCAACUGAGGAACGCCGACGCGGCUAAAAUCUUGCAAACGCUGCGGGGGAAGCUCAGCGCCAAAGGGUCCCAGCAACUCUCUGACUUGCGGCUCCAUUUUGCCCAAAUGGAUCGGCAUGGCGAGGGUCUCCUCGGUCGAAAGGAAGUCGACGUGUGCCUAAAUUACUUUGGGUUAUUCCCGUCCACUCAAGACGUGGGCACGCUCAUGCGCGUCUACGGAACGGGGCACGCAGGGACAGCGACCCCCCAACUUGCAUGGGUGCAAUUCAUGGAUGCGCUGGAGUUUGAGAUGCCGCCAACCCGCCAAGAGGCUGUUCGCCUCGCGUACGACUCGAUUGGUCGUCGAAGCAACAACCGAUUCAGCAUUGAGUCCCUGACUGCCCUGGGCCAAUUUGACCAGCACCCCUUGGCGCUACGUGGCAUCACACCCGCAGCAGAGUUGGCGCGCGAGUUUGCCAUUGGGUUAGCCAAGGCGGUGUCGACUCACACGGUGCGUGUCGUCAUCCACUGGCGGCAUAGGCGUGAAUUUGACCAACUCGCCCAGGAAUCCGUCACGUUCGACGCGUUCAAGGCGUCAUGGAAACUGAUCAUCAACUGGCAUGCCAUGUGGCAGGCAUAUUACCUCACAGUUAGUCACGCAACUCCUCGAGACGACGACUUUUUGUCCAUGAUUCAAUGCGUGUGGAGCGUCGACGAGCUCAAGAUUGUGCCGCAGAUGCCGCUCUUUGGAGGGUACAAGGAAGCGCUCUGCCGAAAGCUCGAUGAAAAAACGCAUGGGGCGGACAUGCCUCGCGAUGUUUUACUGCGUGCGUUGAAAAAGUUUGACACGGAAGAAACAGGAUUCUUGAGCCAGACCGAGUUUGCCCAGGCGAUUGAGAUCUUCGGCUUCACCUUGACCCCCGCGCAACUGAAUGGUACGCAAGUUUACCAGACCUGCAUCUUGGCCUCACCACGCACUGGCGGGUGCAAAGAUACCUUUCAGCGAGGCGACACGAACAAGGCCAACAAGUUGCGCCUCGAAUGGUUCGCCAACUUUGUCUGCUCGUAG